CCCAAUGGCCAGUGGAAGUCAAGGCAAAUGCGACAAAGCGGAUGCCCUGCAGCCAUGGCUUUUUGAGCAGCAGAUACUCGUACACAUAAAGAUACAGAUACAGUUGCAGAUACAGAUACAUUUGUAUCUUGAGCUUCUAAUUGAAACAUUACACUCGAACUUCAAACGUUGUCGCCCAACACUCAACGUUUGACCCAAAUUUGUUAGCAUGCUCUCAAGGUAAUGCGAAUUUGAUACUUUCGUUUUCGUUUUUAUUUUUCGGCUUACUUUUGGUCUCAUUAUUAUUAUUAUUUUUUUCUAUGACUUACAUUUUUUUUCCUUUUGCACAAGCAGUACCAAAAGUUUUUGAUUACUGCCCGGCCGCACAGUUAGUUCUAUGGGAAUCUUGCGCAAAGUCUGGGCCGAGUAAACUGCAAUCAUUUCAAUCUGCCUCGCUGUGGGGCAGCCCUCCAACUCUCCCCACGCCCCCUUUGAAGAAAACUGGAAGUUGAACGACGUGCUUGGAAAUAUUAAUAAGCGGAAAAGCUGUCGCCCAAACGGCAGAUGUCAACAAUAGAUAUUUGUGCCAGGCCAUUAGCAUUAGCCAUAGCCAUCCAUAGCCAUAGAGGAGACUACUACCGUUGGAGGAGUAGAACUUCUGCCGCCCAGUCAUUGAACUGCAACUGCUGCCAGUUCCCAGUUGCCAGUUGCUCGGUUGGAUCAGACAACACGACACACAGCACAGCAGCAGCAGCAGCAGCAGCAACAUGUUGGAACGGAUCGGCUUGUUCUCUGCGGCGAUCGAGUUUUUGGUAGCCAGUUUCAGUUUGGUUUUGAGUCUUCGCGCUGGAAGUUGUGCGCUGCUCGCGUUUUGGAGUGUAAGUGCAGUCCAGCCGCUUAUAAUCCGGCUUAUAAUUGCAAUUGAAGGCACGUCGUCGCUCGUUUUACUCAGUGUUUUAAGUCUGUUUUAGUGUGUUUGCUGUUCAGGGUACUUGACUGCCUCUGUGACUGCCUGUGUGUGUGUGUGUGUGUUGUUGGUUGUUGAAAUCCGCGCAAACGUACAUAUGUAAUUCGAAACACAGCGAUCUAUUCAUAGAUCCGUCUUAUCACUUGAGGGCGCCAACCAAGCCGCCGACCUCUGACCCACAAAGCGUAAAACAUCCAAGUCUUAACGAUGCUAAUGCCAGCCAGCUAGUCAGUCAGUCAGUCAGUCAGCCUUGUGCAAUGGCCCCCGGUAUCAGAGCGAUAAGGCUAACCAGUGGCGAGAGCUGCGGAUCAGUGGCGACUGGCAUAUAGAAUUAGCCGCAGCUUCAAGUUUCUGCCCAAAAUAAAAACAAGCCGCUUCUGGUGGUCGAUGGUUACGUCAAUUUCAAUUCGCGUUCGCGUUCGAGUUCGAGUUCUCGUGCAGAUCUUACCUUGAAUGCUGAGCGAUGAGGUCGUGGCCUGGCCUUUUCUGGCUGCUGACCCUGGCGCUCCUGGCGGAUGGAGGUCGUCGCGAGUCCCAGCUACGGAUCGGCAAGGCCAUCAAUAUAUUCCUGCGCUACGGCUACCUGGGCAUCUCCAUGCGGGUGAUACCGCUCAAUGACAACUCCGAGCCGGAUCGCUGGGUGUUCAAGGAGCCCACCAAAAACAUCUACAGGAACCUAAGUGGCCUGGCGGAGAGCCAUGAAGACACCACACCCGGAAUCUUUCAUGGCGACUUUCACAUGGAGUUCUGCGAGAACCGGAGGCAGCUGUUCCAGGCCUAUUUCCGUGACUUUUCCAUCGAGCAAAUGGACAAGCCGUGGGAGGCAUUCACAGGCGGAUGGUUUCCGGACAAUGCGGCCAAGAAGCUGGGCAUCAAUACGUCCUUCAUCCAAGGCGAUUACUCGUAUGUUUUGGUGCGGGUGGUGCGCUUCAGGGAAACAGGUCGUCUCAAUGCCGAGAUUCCGGUACACCAGCCAUUGGAGCCGGAUGUGCGAUCGAGAAUGGAUCAACUGCAAAUUGGCAAUAUAACCUCUGCAGUGCGAUUUAUGGAGGACGUGGGCACCCACUACGUGAACUCAUACACCACUGGGAAUUCGCUGUACCAGGUGUUUGUGUACAGCAGGAAGAACUACAGCAUGAUCAAGGAGCGAAUCAAGAGUAAAGGUCUGAACGGGCUGUCCAAGCUGGAUCUGUACAACUACUUUGCGCCCUGGUUUGCCACGCAUCUUGGCCAGAUUCGAUCGGCUAGCGCCAAUGCCACAGUGGAGAGAUGGGCGCGAAGGAAGCUGCAGUACGAGUACUAUGUGGUGAAGUAUGUGACACUGCUGAAGCUGCACGGUAAUAGUACUCUGCUGCGAGCCUUGGACUCGCUGCUGGGCAACGAUGCCAUACUGCAGCUGGACCUCAAGUCGCUGAAGCCCAUCUUCCGGGAGGAGCCGGAGAAGGAGAGCUGGUACCACGAGGUGCUCGACAACAAUGUGAAGCUCUGGGAGCUCAAUAUGCCGCAGAAUCCGCCCAGCCGAUAGCUGCAUUUACUGUGCGAUAUGUGGCAGCCAAGGGGAUCAAUAGUUCCUAGAUGCUUAGUUGUAGUUAGGAACCUCUAGUGCGUAGUUAAUGUUCUGCCUGUGAUAGUUUUAGGUAGUUUAAUUGAACCAGAGUACACAUCUGACUUGCAUUUCAGCUGACUAGCCCGUAAGAGCGCCUUAUUGAUGUACUAGUUUUCUAAACUUUAAUACAAAACGAUGAUAAAAGUAUAA